AUGGCAGACUCGAUUUGGAACGCUUUAUGCAAACCACCCACGGUCAAAGCCUCUUCUAAAAAGUACGCACAGCUUGUUCACGAUUCAACAACACAGCUCCAUCAAUCCCUUGAACCCAUCUUGUCAGCUUUAGAUCGACGCGCCAUUGGGUUGACAAAGUGCGCCAACUUUGAAUCUGCUCUUCACGAUGCCAAAGCUAUCCAACAGCUAUCGCCUUCUUCAGCACUUGGUUAUAUACGCGAAGCCGAGAUUUACAGCGAGCAAGGGAAACAACGUCAAGCCAUUGAUACAUGCAACAAGGGGUUGGGCAUGGUUGAUUCCAUGGAUACGCAAUAUGCUACAUUGCAACAAGCCAAAAUGGAUGCUGAGCAACGCCAAAAUACACGCAUCGACUUUAUCAGUCAACUACCCCUCGACAUUGUGAUCACUACGCUCAUCCCUCUAUUCCUGUAUGAUUAUCAUUUCUUGCGUUCAUCAAAACCAAUACCUUACUUGCAUGUAUCCAACGUAUGGCAAGAUCGUAUUAUUCAAUGGUUGGAUGGAUUAGAAAUUGAUAUUGAUGACGAAGACGCCAAUCUUUUGCAUAUCAUACCGCUUGCUCGCCAUAUCACGACAUUGGAAGUGCAUCGUUUUUCCAAAGGAACAUGGCUCGGUGAUUUGCUACGCAACAGUGACUUUUGCUCUUUACGAGAGUUAAGCAUUGGUGCCUUCUCAGCCGAUUGCGUUGAUCACUUGAUUUCAUCGUUAAAGUCUAUCGGCGGCACUUUGACAAACCUUCGAAUUGAAGAGGAUUAUGGGACUAUGCUACCGAUAGAGGAGAUUCUUGUCAACUGCCCCAACCUAGUUUAUCUCGACAUCAGCCAACCCUUUCCAGCAGAUAUCAGAUCCCUUUCAAUGACAACAUGGCCCAAAAUAACGACAUUGAUUCUCUUUUCGAAUGCAGGCCACAUGACAACCCGUGAUGAUAUUAUUCCAAUUGCCAAACGUUUUCCAUCUCUCAAGAAACUUCAAUUUUUCCCAUGUGAGGAUAUGGAAGCAAUGCGCGUUGUGAUGGAUUACUAUCCCUGGAUGAACAACCUGGAGAUUUAUGAGUUUGAAGUGGGCUUCAAUACUGUUUUCUCUGAGGAUGGACCCCGACGUCAAGAACGUGCGAUUACGAAUCUUACAAUUGAUAUGCAUGCUAUUGAAAUCGAUCGUUGGGAGAGUGCGCUCCAUGUGCUACGACAGCAUCAACAAACGCUUGAAGAUAUCUCCUUGGAGGCGGAUGUCCCUAGUGUAAACGAGGAGAUCUACAAUAUUGAGUACCCGUGCCUGAAGAAACUUUGUAUUCGUAACUCUGGAAUGUGGAUACCUCGCAACGCACCCAUGCUAGAAGAAAUGAAGAUAUCCUGCUUUACAUUUGGUGAAGAAUCCACCGUACCUGAUGCAUUACCUCCAAAGUUAAAGAAGCUUGAGCUGGACCUUGACCAUGGUUACCAUCGUGUCGACAAAGCACCAUACGCACAAUACGUUCAUCGAUAUGCCCGGCAUCCCCACUUGAAAGAACUCGUUGUUCAUUUACACAGCUCGGAUACUAUCGUCAAUGUGCUAGAAGCUAUCCUUCAUCUUGGCCAACUUGAACGUUUGAUGAUUCGCUUUACCGAUGAUUGGGAUACCACUCAAAUGCAAGGAUACAUUGAUGCGCUUGUGAAAGGAUGUCCAAACGUAUCUAGCCUUGGGAUCAGCUGUAACAACGCUCCAUCGACAUACUCAAUGAAUGCUUUGAAGCGGCUUGAACAUUUGGAACAAUUUGGGUUUUCACUCAAGGAUGUGGAUGAUCAUGAUGGUUUCUGGCAUGCAAUUCAAGCCUUUCCACAGCUCAAAUCUAUUCAUAUCUAUCCUUUUAACUCGAUCAACAUGCAUCAUCUUGCACGUCUUCAGCAACGGAGGCCUGGUUUGAAGAUUGUCGUCGACCACAAUUUCACAUACGUAUGGUAA